CCUGGGUCAAGCCUCCUCUCGAAAUAGUCAAUAUAUAUAUAAACGUAUACACACAUAUAUACACUCCACAACACUCAGAGUGAGCAUAGAAAUGGAGGUCUUCGAGGCACCGCGAAACCACGGUGCACGAGCUUCGGCGGUGGCAACGGAGAAGAGGAAACGAGACGAAGCUGACUUGGAUUACGUCAUAGACGACGACAUUCUUGCAUGGCUUUCUGGCGAGGACGAGUCGAGCUCGAGGGUGAGUGAUCAGCUGAUGGAGCUUCUGGACGCGACAGCGGCGGAGGAGGAGAGCUCUCCCUCCGGCGCUGCCAAGGUCAGGUUCAUCGAGAAUCCGUACAUGUCGCAGUUGAUCUUCCAAACGACGCCGUCUUCGUACGUGACCAUAAACGGAAACGAGGAGAGCUGCGGCUCGUCCUUCUCCGACUGGGACUCGUCGGUCAUGGCGAGCGUCGACACCACCGGAGUGGUCGGGACCAUGACUUCGCAAAUGAUGGGGCCCGCGGGUAGCUUCGAAGAGGUGGAGUUGGAUCUGGACUCAAGCCUGAACCGGUGGCUGGAUGACGAAUUCGAGGCGGCGGAGAUGGACGGUGCGUGGGGUUCGAGCGAGGACGGGUUGAUCGACUGUGAUGGUGAUCCGCUGGCGAGGUUUUUGAGUGAGAUCUUUUCAGAGAAGUCGCUAGCUUAAUCAAAGGACAGUCACAGUACCCUUUUGGGUUUUUUUGAAAGAAAAAAGACAAAAUGGAGCUUAAUCGGUUUUUUUAUUUUAUUUUUUUUAGGUAUGGGUUUGUUAAAAAUAUUAUGGUGUUUUGAACUGUGAAUAGAAAAAGGAAUAUACAGAGGGAAAUGAAAUUAGGUGCAUUGUCUUUUUUUAGUAAUAGAAUUCUAUUAUGUUUUUAAAAUGUUUCUUUUUAAUGUUUGUUCUUCCGUUAUUUAUUAAUUUGCAAAAAAAUGCAAGCGGAACUUAUCAUCAUAAUAGUAAACAUUGUCUUUAAGGACCUUAUGAUA